AUGCCUUCUGCUGAAACUUCUAUCACGGACGUCCCUCGGGCUUCGCGCUACCAGUACAUUGUUGUUGAAGGCACGCCCUAUGAGAGGGGGCUUUCGCAUGGAAGACAGGCGGCUGACAAGGUCCGUGCCAAUGUCGAAUACUACAAACUCCCAGGCAAGCUUCCGCAUUGGUCAAUCUCCUCGAAGAUCAUCGAAACCGUCUACCUUCCAGCCUUUGAGAAUUUCUACCCCACUGGCCUCGAAGAGAUCAGAGGAAUCGCAGAUGGAGCAGGCGUAUCGAUCGAAGAGGUGAUCAUGCUCAAUGCUCGAUACGACCUUGGCAGAUGCAUGUAUCGCCUGCAAGACGGCGGCAAAACUCCCCAGGACAUGAGAGGGCAUGACGAAUGCACAAGCGGAUUCUUUCCUCCUGAAGCAGUGGCGUCUGGCCGCGCGUUGGCCGUGCAUAACUGGGACAUGUCCAGCCAUCUUUAUAACCAGGACCUGAUCAUCUACCUCGAAGUACACCCGGACCCGUCCGAGGACCGACCUUCAAUGUUUAUCCUCACUGAAGCUGGGCAACUGAUCCGCAGUGGGAUGAACUCGGCUGGCUUAUCGGUUACUGCAAAUUCACUGUUGUCGAGCGAAGACUACGUGCCCAUUUCGCAUGUUGACAAAGACGGAGUCUACCAUGAGAUCAAGAAUCCCAAGCCUGUUCUGCCGCUAUCAGUAGCAAGGCGCGUCUUCCUCGAGUACAGUAACUACGCAGAGGGCUUAGUAGCUAUCAACGCCUUCCCCCGCCACGUCUCAGGAAACCUACACGUCUCAACAGCGGAAGGAUUCGCAAUGGCCAUGGAAGUUUCCCCAACCCGCGUGUACAAGUUUUACGGAAACAUUGACGAUAAUUACCUCAUCCACAGCAAUCACUUUCUCAGUCCAGAAUUUCUGAGCCGUGAUGAUGUUUUCGAUCGGUCUCCUGGAGGAAGCACCUGGUUCAGAUGCUUACGAGCCGAGAAAGGAGUAAGAGCAGACUGUGCAGCGGGGAGAUUGACGUCUGAGAAGAUCAGGGCGGCGUUUUCGGAUCACUUGGCGUAUCCUGAGAGUCUGUGCAAUCAUCCGAAUCUGAACCAGAGGAAUACGCCUAGUGCGGUAUUGACUGGAUAUACAUCUAAACAGAACAUGACGGUGGCAUUUGUCAUUUAUGACCUGGUGGAGCGGGUUAUCACAGUGUGCAAAGGGCCUCCCUGCGAGGGCGUGCUGCAGGAGUUUAGGUUGGAAGAGAGACGAUUUUUGAAGCAUUGA